AUGUCGUUAGGCUUUGAAAAACUUCUCAAGCUAUCACACGGCGUUCCUGAAUUUUCGGGAGGGAAUGACCCAAGGAUAGCACAAAAGUUACAAAUUUUUUGGACAUGCUUACGUCCUAUUCAAAAUCACAUACCUAAAAUAGAUGAAAAACUAUUCAUAGAAAUACUGACUACUCGAUUACGAGAGGAUGCUCUUGACCUUAUAUCAACUUCAAAGCCCUCUACAUUUAAAGAGUUUGAAGAAAUCCUAAACAGAGCAUAUUUACCAAUUGAAGAUUAUAAUGAUCUGGUAAAUAAUUUAAUCACCAGUCGCCAAAGUCCAUUCGAGACUUUGAAUACUUUUGUAAGUAGGCUUCGACAUUCGUUAAUACAAUGUCGUGAGGCAGCGGACAUUAAGUAUGGUGAUCAAUCUGAUGUUGUAAAAAACCAAUUAGAAGAUUUUGCUAAAUCAGCCCUUGCUUCCGGGAUCUCAAACAAACAAUUAGGCCAAUAUCUGUUUACUUUAAGAAAUCAAUCUUUAGAAGAACUAAUAAGAACCGCUUUUAGCAUGGAAAAACACAUGCAGAGAAUGGAAACAAUACCACUCUUACAUACAUCGUGCAACCACACUCAAGCGGCCGCGCCUAGUUGCAAUGAUCUAAAUACUUUAUUACAAGCGAAAGAAAAUAUAAUAUGUAGCUUCUGCAGCAUAAAAGGUCACACAAACAGUGAAUGCCUUGAACGACAAAACACUCCAAUUUGUCAACUAUGCAAAAAUUACGGACAUGAAGCAGAAACUUGCAGAAAAAGCUUCAACAACAGCAAUCAGAACUACAACACGAGUAAUCAACAAAAUAACUAUCACAAUAAUCAGAGAACUCAAGAUCAAAAUAGAUCAAACCCUUUUAGAAAUUUUUAUCCAAACUCUCAAAACCGAAUAGAAAAUAACAAUGAAAAACGAGUAUUCCAUAUGGAAACCGUUUGUGAUUUUUGUGGAAGAAAAAAUCACACAAUCAUCGACCGAAAGUUUCCCCGUUCGACUUUAAAUAGAAUUAAGACAAAUUUAGGGCAACCCCAUUGGAAACACCAAGUUCCAAGGAAACCUGAUCCUAUACAGGACUCAGAAUUAUUAACAAUAAAUAAAAAGAUAAAUUUACCUUCAAUAGAAAUAGGAAUAGGAGUCGGUAGAAACAAAACAACACGGUUAUUGGUAGACACCGGCUCAGAGGUUAGUCUCCUUAAAAAAGCAGCAUUAGGAUAUAAAACGUUCAUAAACACUAAAAAGAAGUUAACCAUUAACACACCUUGUGGUUCUGAUCGAACAUUAGGAGAAUGUAUAGGAAAAAUUGAAAUACCAACACUACCCAAAUGUGAAUUUCAAGUUAUAGAAGAUGACCUAGCCAUCCCAGGUGAUGGAAUUCUAGGGUAUAAUUUUUUGGGAAAAUACUGUAAUGUAGAUGGCCCAAACAAAUUAUUAACAUUUUCACAAAUACACGAAAGUAUCACGGGAACACACGUUGGUGAAGUAUUCAGUAUCCCACUGCUAGAAUCCGAUGUAACUACAGAGAAUGGGUUGCCCAUUUCGCACAAUGGAAGUUGUUUCACGAGAAAUCACUCGCACGUGUAUAACUCAAACGAAACACAGCAACAAACCCAAACAAGCCACAAUCAAAAGGUGAGGGGAAAAGGUUCAAACACACUUAAUUUGGAGAAAAAAUUACUUGAAGAAAAAUGUAGUUUGCGGCGCAACAUUGCGACCGGCAUAGACAAAGAUUCUGAAAGUUUAUUGACCAACAAUUUAGGUUCCUUAAGCACAACCACUAGUUUGCAAUCACGAAAGUCUCAAUAUCCGCCUCGCAAAGUGGAACAAAAAGACGAUGGGCAAAAAGUUAGUGCAACUGGAGAAGAAGUAAAACUGCAGAAAGUAUCAUUGCGACGUGGCUCUGGUAAGCAGAAAAAACUAUCUCUCAGAAAAAGGAAUAUCAGAACUAAAACACCUUCGUGUACCCCAAAUAAUGGUAUUUCUUCAAAAAUAGAAGAAGAAAUUAGAAAAAUGAUGAAUAUAAAUAUUUCUGAAAAUAAACAUGUAAAAAAUAAUAAGAAAAGUCAUAGAAACCAGAAGAAAAUAGGUACUGCACACACAGACCACAAUUUAGAUAGAAAAAUUAAUACACUGCAAACAGCGGAAAAAGAAACAAUAAAUGGUUUUCACCAACAAACAAAUAAAAUUAUAAAACAAGUAGAAGAUGAAAAUUUAGCUCAAUUAAUACAACCUCAAAGGUUAGGAAAAACAAAUUUACAAGAAAUAUAUAAUUUAAUAAUAACAUUAUCAUAUACAAUUUUACAUACACUUAUAUUAAUAAGCACACCUAUCCAGACAAAGGUUAUAACAUUAUUAUAUAUCGUAGUAAAUAGACUAAUAUUAGUAAACACAUUUCUUCAGACUAGAAUAGGUAAACAGAAUUUACCACGUGAAAAUGGCGACACAUAUAAAGAAAAUAUUAGUUUAACUUUGAAAAAGGAAAUAAGAAUUCCUCCACGAUCAAAAAAGAUAAUAGAAUUACCAAUACAAAAUGAAGAAGCAAUGAUUUGUUUAGGAAAAGAAAUAGAAGAUGGAGUAUUUUUAGGAAAUUGUUUAGUUAAACAUAACAAAAAUAGUAUAUUAGUUCCAAUAAUAAAUACAAAACAACAUAAAAUUAAAAUACAUAAUAUUGAUUUAGAGUUAGUUCCUUUAAAAAAUUAUAAUAUAAUAAAUCUUGAUAGGAAUUUUACAGAUACAAACCACGUAUCAUGUUAUUACACAAAAACGUCAACAAUUAAUGAACAAAAAAGAAUAAUAGAACUUAAACAGAGUUUAAAUAAAGAAAAAACUUUAAAUAAUGAAGAAAAAAAGGCCAUAUUAGAUCUUUGUGCACAGUACAAUGACAUAUUCCAUUUACCAGGAGACAGAUUGACUCACACAAAUACAAUGACACAUGAAAUACCAAUAAAACAAGAUCAGGCCCCAAUAAAUACAAAAAUGUAUAGACUACCUGAAAAACAAAGAGGUAUUAUAAAUGAACAACUUGCUGAAAUGUUGGAAAACGAUAUAGUUCAACCAAGCAAAAGUCCUUGGAACUCACCACUUUUAGUAGUACCUAAAAAGGCGGGUCCAGACGGUGAAGCACGAUGGAGAGUUGUUGUCGACUUUAGGAAACUUAACGAUUGUACAAUAGGGGACGCUUUCCCACUACCGCGAAUAGAGGACAUACUUGACCAACUAGGACAUGCUAGAUAUUUCACUACACUGGAUCUUGCAAGUGGUUAUCACCAAGUACUUGUCCAUCCAGAAGAUAGGGAAAAAACUGCUUUCAGUACAGCGUAUGGACACUAUGAAUUCAAACGAAUGCCAUUUGGACUCAAAGGAGCUCCGGCAACUUUUCAACGACUCAUGAACUAUAUACUAACUGGACUACAAGGUUUAGAAUGUUUUGUAUACCUGGACGACAUAGUCGUUUAUGGCAAAAAUAUAGAAGAUCACAAUACAAAAUUGAGACUAAUUUUUGACAGGUUGCGGGAACACAAUUUAAAACUUAAUGUAGAAAAAUGUCAAUUCCUCCGUCGAGAAGUUGUAUAUUUGGGACAUAAGUGUUCCGCAGAAGGGGCACAACCCGACCCCAGCAAAACAAGUUGUGUACAAAAUUUCCCGGUACCCCGAACCGUUAGACAAACACAAUCUUUCCUUGGUUUAGCCAACUACUACAGAAAAUUCAUUCCAGGUUUUUCAAAAAUAGCACGACCACUUUCUAACUUAACGCGAAAAGAUGUAAAAUUUAAGUGGACAGACAAAUGUCAGGAAGCCUUCCAAAAACUUAAAGACUUAUUAGUAUCACCCCCUCUCCUAAUUUAUCCCGAUUUUGAAAAAGAUUUUAUUCUAACUACUGAUGCUAGCGAUGAAGCCAUUGGAGCAAUACUCUCACAAGGAGAAGUAGGGAAAGAUAAGCCUAUUGCAUAUGCUAGCCGAAGUUUAGACAAGACAGAACGAAAGUAUUCAACUAUAGAAAAGGAAAUGCUUGCUAUAGUUUGGGCAACGAAAAAUUUUAGAUGUUACCUGUUAGGUAGAAAAUUCGUUGUGUAUACAGACCAUCAACCACUGACCGGUAUUUUUAGGGUAAGGGACCCCACAUCUAGACUUAUUAGAUUACACCACAAAUUAUUAGAAUAUAGUGAAUGUACUUUAAAAUAUAAAGCAGGAAAAACUAACAUUAAUGCUGACGCACUUAGUAGAAUACCAACAAAUACGUCUGACAAUAAAGACACAAUAGACGAGAAAACUUGUUUGGCAGUCACAAGAGCUCAGAAAGCUUUACAAAAAACAAAUGCAGAAGAUAAAAACAAGGACGGAUCUAACUUUGAUACUAACAUAGAUGACAAUGACAAUUCUCACAAUGAGAAACAAAUUACUCAACCAAUCGAAACUAACAAAAAUAAAGACAUCAAAAAUACCAGAGAAAAAAUAGACAAUCACGAAGAAAAAAUUACAAUACUUAGAGAUUAUCACGAUUCCCCAUUUGGCGGACAUCAAGGCGUUAUUAAUACAUAUAAUAGAAUACGAAAGAAGUACGUUUGGCCAAAUAUGUUCAAAGACAUUUCAAGAUACAUUAAACGAUGUCCAAAGUGCCAAAAAAUGAAAGUGAGCCCAGUGGCAAAAAUGCCAAUGGUAAUAACGGAUACUUGUCAAGUACCAUUCGAUAAGGUUUAUUUAGACAUAGUAGGACCCCUUCAAGAUUCACAUUUAGGAAAUAAGUAUAUAUUAACUUUUCAAGACAACCUAACUAAAUUCGUAGAUUUUUAUGCAAUACCCAAUCAAGAGGCAGAAACAAUUGCCCAUAUAUUUUAUGAACAAAUUAUAACUAGAUAUAGGAUACCAAAAAGAUUAGUAACAGAUCAAGGAACUAAUUUUUUAAGUAAAUUAUUUAAACAAGUAUGUAAACUGUUAAAGAUAGAAAAACUACAAACAACAGCUUACCACCCUCAAUCAAAUGGUGCACUCGAAAGAGCUCAUAGGCCUCUUGUAGAAUAUUUAAGAACAAUUUGUGAUGAAAAUCCAAGAUCUUGGGACCAGUACCUAAGAACAGCAGCUUUUGUGUACAAUAAUAGUGUUCACGAAGGAACGAAAUUUACUCCUAUGGACUGUCUCUUUGGGUUUACCGCUGAUAUACCAUCAAAUCUAAAGCGAGACCCAGAACAAGUUUAUGACAAUGAAAAUUAUUACUUCAUUCUAAGACAUAAACUCCAAAAAACAUACACAAUUGCACGAAGAAACCUGAUCAAUAGUAAAAAGAACUCAAAAAUUUAUUAUGAUCAGGGCAUAAAAAUUAAAACAUACCAUAUUGGAGACAAGGAAGUGGGCCUUAGUUGCCUCGAACUUAACUGGCCACCAGUGUGCCAAAAAGCUGGACAGUAG